AGUUCUCUAAAAGCCCUCCCCCUCCUUCGUGCGGUAUAAGUCGACUUCAUUUCCACCACCCCCUCUAUUUAGCGCACCACCAGUCGUCUCCCAUCCCCUAUCGCCAUGGCGCCCCUCGACGACGUCCAGGUGGGUGACCUGGUCAAUGUCCCCGGGGGUAUGUUUGGGACGGUCAAAUAUCUGGGAAGUGUUGCGGGCAAGCCGGGAAAGUUUGCAGGCAUUGAGCUGGCGCCGGAACAUGCCAGACGAGGGAAAAACAAUGGAGAUGUCGAGGGCAGGAGAUACUUCUCUACGUCUGUCCCCGGCUCAGGGAUCUUUGUGCCUAUGAACAACAACAAAUACGUCACCAAGCGCUCGUCUGGUCCGACCUCGACAGUGAGCACCGGCCCUCCAACCCCCUCCCGACCGGUCAAUUUCAGCAAGUCCGUUGGCCCUGGUCCCGCAAUGCGCCCACCACGCGUCCGACGCCCUUCCCUCCCCCGCCCUGAAUCUCCUAGAGGACCUCCGCCGUCCAAGCUCACCUUGACCGGGCUACGCACGCCCUCUUCAGCCUCCCGCGCGGCUCCCUCCAGCACCUACCCUCGCAGUCCUAUCAAAGCCCCGUCGCGCGCCUCUGACCGCCCUCCCUCGCGAGUCAGUCGGGUGAGCACAGAGGAUGAUGGCCCGGCAUCUAGAGUAUCCGAAGUUCAGCAAUCAGCGAUGGCAGCUGAGGUGCAAGAGCUGAAGGAUCACAUUAAGAGUCUAGAAAACCAACUCCUAGACCGAGAUAAGCAGCUAGAUGAGCAAGCUCAUACCUUGUCCGACUUCCAAAGAACUCUAGAGGAGCUGGAAGGGUCAGAUUCGCUGUCCAUCCGAGCCCAGUUGCGUGAAAGGAAUGAGAGGAUUGCUCAGCUGACGGCCGAGUUUGACUUGCAUCGCGCCGACUUUCGAAGCACAUUGGAUACUUUAGAGAUUGCUGCUUCCGAGACGGAGCGAGUCUAUGAGCAGCGGCUGGACGAAUUGAUGCAACAAAAUAGAGAGCUUCAGGACCGCGGGGAAGAUGUCGAGGCUGUUGCGCGACAGCUCAAGCAAUUGGAAGAAUUGGUGUCGGAGCUCGAAGAGGGUCUGGAGGACGCCCGCCGCGGUGAGGCCGAAGCCAGGGCAGAAGUUGAGUUCUUGCGCGGGGAAGUCGAGCGGACAAAGCUCGAACUACAGAAGGAGCGGGAUUCUAAGGACUCCCAUGCAGCCAGUGAUGGGCCGCAGUACUCUAAGGAACUGGAGCAGAAGGAUGAUGAAAUCCGUGGUCUAAAAGCAAUCAUCCACUCCUUGAGCCGUGGCGACCCAGAUUUGCAUGCGCUGCAACAGAAUGGAUUUGGAACGAGCCCGCCGAACCAUGAUCCCGACCAUGUGGCUCACUUGGAACAACGUGUCGAGGAAUUUGAACGCAUCGCCGAAAGAAAGACAUACCGCAUUGAAGAACUAGAGCGCGAGCUCCAGCAAUUGCAGCUGAAUGGUGAAACACACGCUCCCGGCUCCGCGGUCUCUUCGUCGCCCAACCACCAAAAGUCCCCCAGUGUCAAUGGGAAGCUUACGAACGGCCAUGGAAUCAACCAUGCGCAUCGGCUUUCGGAUCGCACGGUCGUUCCCCACGACUGGCAAGAUUUACCUCCGCAUGAGGGACAAUAUCAGGCCUACUCUACCCGCCACCGCGGUAUUUCGGAUGCUUCUCAUCAUCGUCUGGAGACCAUGCACGAGUCAGACGGCCGCUCGGAGGACGGUGGCUCCUUGUGGUGCGAGAUCUGUGAGACUGGAGGGCACGAUAUCUUGACCUGCACCAACAUGUUCGGCGCGGAGAGUAAGAAGGUCCCUGAUGCUGUUGAGGCACCCCAUGACGACAGCUCUGUGGAUGAAAAGCCAACUCCAGAGGAAUCCACGGGUGAACCAUCCACAUCCUCACAUGAAGAGGACGCGACUCCCCAGAAGACGGGUCGUGAUGUUGUGAUGGAGGGACUAAGAGAAGCGAACUUGUCGGCUUCUUCUUCGACCUUGGGCCCUGUUGGCGGCAAGGAAAGUGGCGUCGUUGACGAGUCUAAGUGGUGUGCUCUUUGCGAGAGAGAUGGCCACGAGAGCAUUGACUGUCCAUUUGAUGAUUGAUGGAAGCGGAAUGCCGAUGCAUGAGAUUCAUGGCAGCUUAAUUACCGGAUGGUCAUGAUGCUACGUGCACCGAUGAUUGAGAUGUGAGUCCUAUAUGUCGGAUUAGUGGACCUGUCAUUUCUGGUAUUCUUCUGUUCAAGGCGCACUAUGUCUAAACACAUUUUCAGGAUAUCCUUCUUUUUGUUCAUUCAAAAACAACAUAAUCAUGUUGGCAUUUUCUGGUCUUUCUUUUCUACCUUGGCUGUAUGAAACCGCAUAGCGCGCUUUGCAAGGGUUGCUGAUUGUUCAAAGCGGCUGCAUUACAUUCCUGUGCCACUACUCUACUAGCCUUUUUCUUAUUUCUGUCACAUUCUUUAGACUGUUUUACUUGCCUGUUUUGGUCACAGCAGCUUCUUGGCUAUGUGGCUAUUUCUCCAUCUUUUAUAUUCCCCUAUCCAGAACUG